AUGUCGUCCCGUCGCGGUGUUGGACUAGGGGCGUUUGUGAAUAAGAACCAGGCUUCGCAGUCCUUUGCAACCCAUGGCGCCAACCUGAAGUCAACACAUGCGAGCUCUCUCCAGACACAGUUAUCAGUUUUCCAGUCCCUCCUGCAUACCUUCGCCCUCGAACAUGGAGAGACUAUUAAGUCAAAUCCAACCUUCAGAGCAGAGUUUGCCCGCAUGUGUCAUGCCAUAGGAGUCGACCCACUAGCUGCCAGCAACAUCAAGGGGAAAGGGAAACGGGGACUCGGCGAAGGCGGUAGUUUCUGGACGCAAAUACUCGGCGGAGAUGUCAACGACUUUUACUUCGAAGUUGCUGUCAGAGUAGUUGAGCUUUGCAGAGAGACGCGCGCGGAGAACGGCGGCUUGAUCAGUGUAGAGGCGUGUCAGAAGGUGGUGGGAGCUGGUAAGGCUAUUGGAGGUGGAUUAGAGGUUUCCGAGGAUGAUAUACUUCGUGCUGUCGAGUCUCUGGUACCACUUGGAUCCGGUUUUAAAGUCGUCAAAGUUGGGAGCAAGACAUUCAUCCGGUCUGUUCCCAAGGAGCUUAAUACGGACCAAGCCACCGUUCUGGAAGUCAUCCAGCUCCUAGGUUUUGUAACGGUAUCUAUGCUACAGUUAAAUCUACAGUGGGAGAAAGCGAGAUCAAAGACGGUUAUCGAUGACCUUCUUGCGGACGGUCUUGUAUGGGUUGAUUCACAGGCUGAAGAAGCGGAAUACUGGUCGCCCCAGUAUCUACAAGAUAGCGGGUGA